UACGGCCCUGACUUCUCCCCGCUGCCCCUCAGGGGUUAGCAGCAGCUCACCACUGCUGAGUCCCAGCAUGCCUUGCGCUGCCACGGCCUGAGUGUGCAAGACGGAGUGCCUGAUGGGAGCUGGGGCUAUCCACCCUCAGCAGUUUAUUACAGGUUCCUAGUGCUUUUCUUCAACUGCCUCUUGACUUUUGGCUCUUACUUCUGCUUUGAUAUUCCCGGUGUCCUGCAGGAGCAGUUUCAAGGGGUUGGGAAGUGAGUGGUGGAGAUGAGUCUAGAAAGGAAGUCAAAACCAGGCUCUUGUACCUAUUGAGGUCCACCACCCAAAAAGAAGAACCUAACCUGCCCCAAUGGAACCCAGCAUAAUGGCACUGGACAUAAUGGCACAUUGGCCUGUGUGGAAGGUCUGGGGAUGACGCCUGCACAGUACAACCUGCUGUAUGCAAUCUAUGCUUGGACGAAUGCGCUGGUGGUGAUUCUGGCUGGAUUCCUGAUUGAUAAACUGGGAAAUCACUUUGGUGUCUUUCUUUUCUCUUUCCUGACUGUCUUGGGAUCGUCCAUCUUCGCUCUGGGCUCUCACUUCAAGGGAACUCCGUACCUUCUGCCGCUGAUGCUGACAGGACGGUUGCUGUUUGGAUCUGGGAAUGGGUCACUUACCAAUAUCCAAGAGUCUUUGACUCUGAUCCCAUCUGGCCCACCGAGCAUGAAUUGGAAAAUUGCCCCAGUUGUGCAGAAUCGCAUCACUGCCUUCUGGUUCAAGGGGAAGGAACUGGCCUUGGCAUUUGGACUGACCCUCUCCUUCUCCCGGCUUGGGAGUGUCCUCAACUUCUUCUUCACCCAGCAGUUUGAGACCCACUUUGGUAUCCAGUGGACACUCUGGGGAGGUACCCUGCUCUGUAUGUUGGGUUUUAUUUCAGCCAUCACAGUCAGCGUGCUGGACAAAGUGGGCAUGAAGCAGCUUGGCUUGGAUGGGGUUAUCCAGCAAGAGUCCAAGAAAGUGCGAGUUCAGGAUGUCCGGCGACUGCCACUUUGCUACUGGCUCCUAGUCCUAACCAUCAUGUUCUUCUACAACGGGGUCUUCCCUUUUGUGGCAGAUGCCAGCAAGUUUAUCCAGGAUAAGUACUCUGGCUACAGUCAGCAGGCAGCCGCUUACAUUGCUGGGGCGGUAUACGACAGCUCCCUUGUUCUCUCUGCAGCAGUUGGCAUAUUAAUCGACUAUGUAGGAUUGAGAGGUGUGUUUGCAGUUGGUUGUGCUGUGCUGACUCUGCCAGUCUUUGCUCUCCUGGCAUUUACAUUUGUUCCUCCGCUUGUCUCUACCAUCUGGCUGGGGAUCACUUACUCCUUUGCUGCUGCGAGUCUGUGGCCAUCCAUACCCCUUGUGGUUCCCCAGGCAACGUUAGGUACAGCUAUGGGGCUGGCAACCUCUGUGCAGAUGAUUGGAAUUGGCCUCUCCAAUCUGAUCGUUGGACACAUUCUGGGAACCAAGUCCAGUGAACUAAAGAUCCCAGUAUGGCGCUGGCAACAGAUGAUGAUCUUCAUGCUGGCAAACACCAUUGCAUGCAUUACUGCCUCUGUUAGCCUCAACGUGGUGGACAGGCAGCAGGGUGGGACACUGAACAGAGCAACAAAGCGAUCAUCUGCAGAACAGGUCAGACAGCCUGUAGACACAGCACCACUCCUGGAUGAAGUGGGAAACGAAGGGUUCAUCAACUAAGAAGCAUCAGGAUGCCCUAUUUUGGAUCCUACAGUGACAGAGUACAACUACAACUAGUUGUUGGCACAGUAUUGUCCCUCUUUAUUUCCAAUUGUAUGCUUUUAAGGAAUACAUUGUAAUAUUUUUAGUUUUUUUUUUUAACGAGGGUAACCUUAUUCAGUCAUCCAUGAAAACAAGCUGGUGUAUGAAGGGAAUUAUGCAUAUGAAGGGAAAGUUGUUUUGUUCCUUGUGUCUGGAACAAAUCAGCCAUAUGGUACAUUAAGCCAAUGAUGAAGCUUAUGUGGUGCACUUUUUGAAAUGGACUACACUACAAUGUUUAGAGUCUAAACUCAAUCCACCUGAAGUUUGUUCUAAGCAACUAUAUACCAUCUUAUAAUUCACCUUAAUUCAUCAUUAUAAAUGUGUCAAUGUAAGGUAUUUCAUUAAAAUAUCACUGCACCUUCACAGAAAGCUCCUCAUGCAGUGGUGUGAAUGGGUUGAUAGCCUUCCAUUUCAAUAAUUGCUGUUGAUUGUCAAUGUCCUUUCACAAAUUCAUUGUGUGUAAAUAAGAUUGCCACUUUGUCCUGGCAGAGGCUGUUGGGAUUGUUUUACUUAUUUUAAAUUGGCAAGACCAAUUAUUUGAAAACUAGCCAAACUUUUUGCUUAACACGCCCACAAGCUGCAUUAUUCAGAUACAGCAAUGUUACCUUCAAAUUGUAUGAAACUGUUGAUCAAAAAUAGUAAAUAAACCCCCUUAAAACCUGAUCUUAUACUAGCGAUUGUCAAUGCAUAUUGAUCAUUGACUUGUACAGAUAUGUAAACAAUCAUCUUUACUAUGCAACCUCUUGAAUGGUAUUCUUUUAAGCAUUGAGGAUGAUGCAUCAAGUGUAUGUUAACUUAAUUGUUAAACAGAGCUGAGAGCAACCACUUGAAAGAAAAAAAAGACAGAUAUGGAAUUUGCUGCUUGUACAUGGUUAAACAAUUGCAGAGUAAAAUUACUAACUUCUGUAUUCAUGUGAGAACAGAAGGUGUACUGAUGAGUCCAAUAAAGUAACCUUUUCUAAAGUAA